AUGACCUUCCAAGUGACGGUGCGUGGCACCACCCCACCUGUCAUCACUCAGCUUGCUGACAUCAGUGAUGCUGCAACUUGCGGUGAGGCUGCCCAGGUAUUCUUCGCGGUGGAGGUUUCCGACGACUGCGACAGGGUCGUGCCCACUUGCAUCCCCUCAUCCGGCAGCCUCUUUCCCGUGGGGAGCACAAAUGUCACCUGCACGGCACAGGAUUCCGCGGGCAACGCCGCAACUCCGAUGACCUUCCAGGUGACGGUUGCAGGUGAUGAUACACCGCCUGGAUUGAUAGCACCCACCAAUCCCACUGGUGACGCGGGCAACUGUGGGGACAGCGCCGAAGUCAUGUUUAACGCAACGUCCACCGACGACUGCCAACCAGUCAGUGUCCUCUGCAUCCCUACCUCUGGAUCUUCGUUUCAGCUUGGAAGCACUGCCGUGGAAUGCACGGCAGCAGAUCCUUCGGGAAACACCGCCAAGGUCAACUUUGACGUGACCGUGACCGGCGGGGACAACGUUGCGCCUGUGAUCGCUGAGCUUGCUGACAUCAAUGAUGUGACGACGUGUGGGGUGACGGCCCAGGUAUCCUUUGUCGUGGAGGCGUCUGAUGCCUGUGAUGGCCCUGUUACACCCACUUGCGUCCCUCCAUCCGGCUGCCUCUUUCCCGUGGGCAGCACAAAUGUCACCUGCACGGCACAGGAUUCCGCGGGCAACGCCGCAACUCCGAUGACUUUUCAAGUGACGGUCACUGGCGACACCACGCCGCCGGCCUUCAACGCAACCCUUGAGAACAAGACGGCGGAUGCCGGCUGCGGCGACUUUGCCCAGGUCAGCUUUGAGGCUGUGGCGACCGACGGAUGCGGGUCUCUCCACGUCAGCUGCAGCCCUCCGUCCCUAAGUCUGUUCCCGGUUGGCAGCACCAGGGUGCAGUGCACAGCAACGGAUGCGUCGGGCAACGCUGCCACCGAGAACUUCGAGGUCACGGUCUCAAAAGGCGUGGAGCCGCCCAGCUUCGGCCCGAGUUCCGACGUCGAAGUGCACAGCCCAUACUGCCGGGCCAUGCGGGUUAAAUUCGCGGUGCCGUCAACUGGCGGCUGUGGAGCCGGCGCGGAGUGCUUUCCAGCCUCGGGAUCCCUCUUCCGGCUGGGCAAGACCCAAGUCACGUGCACUGUCUCCAACGACGCCGGCUCGGCGGAGACGAGCUUCAACGUGCAUGUGUCCUGCGAUGCUCCUCCCUACCGACAUCGCUGGCGUGGACGUGCAGGCCGCACAUGA